UCCUUCCACGACUACGACACGCAAGGUCACGCGUACCUGAUUCCAUACUCAUCGUCCGGCGGCGGCGACGGCGUGCACGCGACCUCCGCGUUCGCGCCCGUGAGGAGGAGCGCGGUCGCUCGGAAGGUGAAGAGGGCGAGGAAGAAGGUUCUUCUCUCGGCGGAGGAUGACGGCGGAUAUCAAGUCGCUUCGUCUGAUUAUCAGGAAAGCUACGGCCACCCGUACAUCUUCUCGUACGCGGUGAACGACGGCUACGGCAACAAUCACGGCCGAACGGAGGAGAGCGACGGGAAGACGGUGAAGGGCUCGUACUCCGUCCUCCUCCCGAACGGACUCAAGCAGACCGUCGCCUACAUCGCCGACGAGUACGGGUACAGGGCCGACGUCUCCUAUCACCACGCGGACGGUGACGAUUCUGAUUGA